AUGGAAUUUGGACAUAGUAUACAAAUUUAGUUACCACUGUUAUUUAGAAAAUUUACGACUCUCCAUUGUUAUUCCUGUUUAUGUUAACGAUUCGUCAAAUUCUUAUUACUACUAAUAAUAACGAUGUUUCACGUUGACUUAAUUUUUUUUGCAACGUAAUUUUAUUAUUCUCGAUUUUAUUUGAAAGUUGCUUAAUUUAUUUAUAUCAAAAAUAUUCAUAAACGCAGCAUGAGAAGAAGAAAAAAUUUCACUUUUUAUACAUUUACAAAGACUAGCAAUUUAAAAUAGUUUAAUAAAUAUCGAAAAAAAUUGCAUUAAAUAGAAACAUUAAAUAGAAUAUGAAAAUUAUAAAUUUAUUAGAUAAAAAUUCUAAUCAAAUAUCAAAUAGUACUUUAUUGUAAUUGUGUGUUAAAUAAUACUUCUUUAUUAUUCGCUUUUUUAAAAAUUUUUCUACGUAUAUUUACUUUAUGUUACUACAAAAAAAAAUUAUUUAUAUUUUAUAUAAAAAUAUAAAAAUUAAUCACAACCUGAUAGUUUCAUAAGACUUAUAAAUUUCUACAGAGAAGUAUAAAAGUUAAGUGUUUUAUCACUUUAAAUAACAUAUAUACAUGACAUAUAUAAAAAUGUAAAAUUUUUAAACAAAAAUCGAUUAAAUUACUAAAUAAAUUAAACAGCAUUUGAAAUGACUUAAAAUUCAUUUAAUUAGAAAGAAUGUAAAGAAUUAUAAAAACAUAAAACUAAUAAUAAUUUGUUCUUUGCAGUAACGUCUGCUACCGGCGAUGAUUGUAAAAAUCAAACACCACCAACUUUACUCUCAAGUUUGAGAAGCGUUCUUUUCGUAAUUGGGACCGUUGUGAUCGGAUUCGCCGCAUUCUGCAACUCACUAACAUGGCAUUUACAAAGAUUUUGGGGAGCCUCUGGUGAUUUCUGGCAAGCGCAAUGGGACAAAAUCUUAGACAAAUUAGGAGAUGACCCUGUCACGCUUUGGGUUCAUGGCUCGUUAGGAUUAACUUUCUUUGUAUACUGGUUCUUCGGUGGGAUUUACACAAUUCUGGAUAUAACUAAUCGACCAGUUGCUUUACGGAGAUAUAAAAUACAACCGGGUACGAACGAACCAGUUGACACAAGAGAAUUGUGCAAAGUAAUUGCUCAAGUACUGUUCAAUCAGAUCAUUGUUGGAGUUCCUCUAGCGUACGUCAGUUAUCACUUUAUGGAAUGGCGCGGUUAUCCCUCUGUACGCGAAUUGCCGACCUUUCAUUGGGUGCUCGUUGAAAUCGCCAUUCACAUAUUGUGCGAGGAAAUUGGAUUUUAUUACUCACAUAGAUUUCUACAUAGCCGCUAUCUCUAUAAGUAUAUACAUAAGCAGCAUCACGAAUGGACGGCUCCCAUAGCUGUAACAUCGCUAUAUUGCCACCCUUUAGAACACAUUGGCUCAAAUCUAUUACCACCGUUUUUGGGAGUAUUCAUCGUAGGUUCUCAUGUGGCUACUGCUUGGCUUUGGUUUUCGCUUGCUAUUCUUUCUACAUUAAAUGCUCAUUCUGGUUAUCAUCUACCGUUCUUUCCAUCUCCAGAAGCUCACGAUUUUCACCACUUAAAAUUUAAUCAGUGUUUUGGAGUUUUGGGAGUAUUGGAUCGAAUCCACGGAACAGACACGCAAUUUCGUAAUUCCAGAGCUUACCAACGUCAUGUAAUGAUGCUUAGUUUGGUUCCACCAAGAGAAGCUUUCCCUGACGAAGUAAAGUAUAAAUCUAAGUAGGAAGUUUUAUUGAACUUCGUGAUUAAAUAAAAAAGUUCAAUAUGAUAUGUUUAAUAUGAAAAUGCAGUAUAAAGUAUUUCUAUAUUUGUAGUAUUUUUUUUUCUUUUAUAUUUUAUUUUAAUCAUUAAGAAUAAUUGAUUAAUUAACAAGGUGUAAUAGAAGUUAACAUUUUUCAAUGAUUGACGUUCGUCUAUCACGUACAUUUUUCUUAUUAUUUUUCAUUAUUAAAACUGCAAUUUUUUAUUAUUAUUAACUUGUAUUAGCAAUUUAUUAUAAACUUUACAAUGGUGAUUGUAAUGUUAUUAACAAUUUUUUUUGUACGAAAAAUGUAAUUUUGUGAAGUAUUUUAACGAAAUUUUAAUGAAACAGAUAUAAAAAAGAUCGUUCUAAACUUAUAAUUACAUUCAUUACAUUCGUUUUUUAAUUUAAAUCUAUAAACAGAAAAUUCUGAUAUUAUAAGAAUUUUAUCAUAACAUUAAUGGGUGAAUUUUAGAUUAUUAGAAUAUCUUUUUUACGACGAAUACACUAUUGGAAAAUUUAGAAAUAUAUCAGAUAUUUCAUCUGGACAUUACCUUGUUAAUAAUUACAUAACAUAGCAAUAUUCUGGAAACAUCUACAUACUUGACAAAAUUAUGUUUGUAUUGAAAUUACAACAUUAAGAAAACUAUUUGUGACAAUUGCUAUUUUUAUAUUUAAUUCGAUAAUAAAAGCAAUAAAUUUAAUCUAAGGUGAAAUUACGAUUUUAGUAUUACAGUAAAAAUUAUAAUUACUGUAGAUUAUUAUAAGCCAUAAAAGUUAUGCACUUCAAAGCUUUAAAUUUGCAAAAUAA